AUGGAUUUAAAUCAAUCGACCGGCGCUAAAAUGCCGAGUCAAGAACAUAUUAAUCUGAUCAAUAAAUUAAAUGAUGCAAAAAUUCCACGACAAAGUCAACUGAUUGCAAAUCGGUUAUUUAUGAAAAAUUUUCCUCGUGAAACGACUAGUGCUGAAAUUGAAAACUGUUUUCAAUCAUUUGGUGCUGUACACGAUGUGAAAAUUAUUGCUAAAGAAAAUACACAUUUUGCAUUUAUUUCAUUUGUGAACGAAAAUACUGCCUUAGACGUACUUCGUCAACAUGCAAUUGCACCACUCACAUUUCUAAACCGUCCAAUUGUUCUUGCACCUGCUUUCAAAAAACCGAAUGUUCUUUCAGUAACAAGUCCUACGUCCUAUUAUUCAUCGAAUGGUCCGGCAAUGACACCACCAGCAACACCUUCACGAACAGCAUCGAAUGGAAUAUCUCAACAACCAUCCACACCCUAUCAACAACAUCUAUCAGCACAUCAUGGUGUUUAUCCACCGAUCUUUGUUCCAGUACAAGCAAAUAUGCCAUUUGUUCCCAUGACUGGCACUUACAUAUUACCUCAAGGCCCAACGACACCGCAUCAUCCGCAAUUACCACCGUCUUUUUAUCCAACAUUCUAUGCUCAGAGUCCAACCCAUCAUCCAAAUGGACCAUUAAUCAAUGGACAUGCGUAUGUUCCAUCUCCGUAUCUUUAUUCGAUGGGACCACCACCGGUUCCAGCACAGUAUCAAGCCAUGUCAGCCAUGAAUGAUAUAUCCAUGACAAGCGAAUAUUGA